AGUGUGAAACAAUAAUUUAAUUCAGAACACUUACAAAAUUUUAUCUCACCGAAUCCCUUUCUGAAUACUUCGAGUACCUAGUUGUGCAAAAUCUAUUCAAAUGUUAGCAGUACGAAAUAUAUUUAUCUCGAUUAAAAAUACAAAUCCUCUACGAAUGAGUACAGCAUUCGCAUCAACACUGCCUAUGCCUAAGGAAGAAAAAAUAAAAGUUGGAAAGUAUACAAUCAACUAUGUGAAAGUAGGUCAAGGGCCACAUAACAUACUGUGUGCUCCAGGGGCUCUGGGGUCAAUAUGGACGGACUUUAAACCUCAAGUGGAUGGGAUUGACAGGGAGAAGUUCAGUCUGGUGGUAUGGGAUCCACCAGGGUUUGGUAAGAGCAUGCCACCAGAACGGGACUUCAGUAUUGAUUUCUAUGAAAAGGAUGCUGAUGUAGCUUUUCAGUUUAUGAAGGAACUGAAAAUUCCGAAAUUCUCACUUCUGGGCUGGAGUGAUGGGGGUAUAUCAAGUAUGAUUUUAGCUGCAAAAUAUCCUGAUGCAGUCAACAAACUUGUCAUUUGGGGAGCCAAUUCAUUUAUAUUGCCUAAAGAACUGGAGGGAUAUAAAAAAAUAAGAGAUGUCAAUUCCUGGUCUAAAAGGAUGAAAGAGCCAAUGAUUGAAUUAUACGGCGAAGAAAGAUUCGCCACAUACUGGGCUAAGUGGGUGGAUACAAUGGAGGCGUUAUUUAAAGCGAAAGACGGCAAUAUUUGUUCGGAUUUACUUGAAAAUAUUAAAUGCCAAACAUUGAUCGUACAUGGGGAAAAAGAUCCACUUGUUGAUGGAGUACAUGUGUCUCAUUUACACACGCAUAUUCCAGGAUCGAGAAUUCACUUAUAUCCAGAAGGGAAACAUAAUGUGCACAUUCGUUAUGCAGAUGACUUCAACAAACGAGUGCAAGAGUUUUUAAUGUUAAAAUAAUUGCAUAUAUGAAAUAAACGCUAGUCUAUAAGGAUAUUGUUUUUAUACAUCUGUUUAUUGCGACUGCUAUUAAAUUUUAUUUAAUCGUU